CAAUCUGGGAGGUCAUACAGAUCAACAACAUAAAAGAAACCAACCACCCUUGAAAAAAAAUCCAGAAAAAAGAAAGCGAAAAGAAAGCAAAGAUGCCACUGGACUUUUAUUACAUGGACAUGUCCCCUCCUUGCCGAGCCGUGAUGCUCACUGCCAAGGCUGUGGGAGUCGACCUCAACCUAAAGCUCGUGAACAUCAUGACAGGCGACCAUAGGAAGCCAGAAUUCCUCAAGGUCAACCCGCAGCACAAGAUUCCCUUUUUGGUGGACGGCACUGUCAAGCUGUCUGAGAGCCGUGCCAUCUGCUCAUACUUGGCAUCUCAGUACGGCAAGGAUGACUCCUUCUAUCCCAAUAACCCAAAAGCACGAUGCAUUGUGGAUCAGAGGCUUUACUUCGACAUCGGGACCCUCUACCAGAAAUGGGCUGAUUAUGCUUACCCUGGCUUAAGAGGGCAGCCAAUCAACCACUCCCUGCUUGAGGGCAUUCAUGAGGCUCUCUCAUUUUUGAAUGCCAACCUCAUGGACUUUCCUUGGGCAGCAGGAAACAAGAUUACAGUUGCUGACUUCAGCCUGGUGGCCACCAUAUCGUCCAUGGAGGCUGCUGGUGUAAACCUAGAGCAGCAUCCCCGCAUUGUGCAGUGGCUGAAGAGGUGCAAGACAAAGAUGGUCGGCUACCAGGAGGCGAACGAGGUUGGGGCUCAGAAGUUUGGGGACAUUCUGAAGGGCAUGCUUGCACCCCCAGCACCUGAAAAGAAGGAAGAGGAGAAGGCAGAAGAGAAGAAAGAGGAGAAG